GAUAUAUGGAGAGAAUCCUGCUCUUUGUUCUGCUAGCGGUGGUCGCAGUUCCUGGACAGCAGUAUACCGGCGUGAAAUCCGUGUCAUCGUCGGAUGCAAGCGAUGCUGAUGUGCAAACGCCCACUAAAACCGGUCACGAAGCAAGCAAAACGGUCGAGCCAGCAGCGAUCUCCGGUCGAUCAAUCGGAAAGUCUCCCAACAGAGUACCGCUAGCGGAUAGCAAAAUUAUUAAGCUAUCGAUUAAAACUAUUGAGCCGCAGGUAAUAUCCGGGUCUAGAGGCGCGAGGAAUCUAGGAUUCGCAGCGGAUGCUUCUCUGAAUGCCAUCCCCGGAGGGCUAAACAAUGAGUUGACUAAUGCGGAUUUUAAGCCUCCGGUAACCUUAGCUUCGACAGUGGCAAAAGAUAGCUAUGGAAAUCCGGUGACUCCUUACACGGACCUGGGAUCGACCGGACUGGAAUCGGUCGGAUUUUUAACCGAUGUUAAUAAAGAGAAUUUGCAUAGUUCGAAGACUAAUCAAGUUAGCAACUUGAAUUUCAAGGUUCCCAGCUAUGCAUCCGGGAUUUUAGAACCGGUUUUACUGCCACCGAACAACUACAACAACGGACAGAAUCAGUACACACAACCUUCAAUCGGUGGCGGUACAACACCUCAACUUAUACCGAAUGUGAAAUAUCCCACCGUGGAAGAAGGAAAAAUUCUCUUCGCUCAGAAGCCUUUGAACGGGUUACUUCCGCCACUGUUCCCCGGAGAACAAGGACCGACGUAUAACGUCGAAGUUGGAACCGAACGUUCGCCACCAUACGCAAAAGAUCCGUUUAGUGGUGCACCCCUGGAUACCGAACUGAGACUACCCAACGACAAACCGCCAGUUGAUUUCAACCAGCGGCCUUUCACUCCUCCCUCAGGACCAGUACAAACUCCUCAGCAAACUCCGCAAAUAAUUCAAGCUCCUCCACGACCAUCCGUACCACCACAACCAACACAGGCACCGACGCAAAAGUACACCGGAGGUUUCGGAGGAGCUCCCGGUUUUCUUGGCAACCAGCAAAACCUCGGAACAGCAUACAAAUCAACUACUCCUAUACCUUCGACUCCCCCAAAACCAGUCUCCUUCCAGCCUGCUCCUCCUCAAUUACCCCAAACACCAACUCCUUUCCAACCACAACCCCAACCGCAACUGACAACCAAAGCGCCUGGUUCAACCUUCACGGGCAGCUUUGGAUUCACCAACAAUCCUCAACCGCAACGACCCGUCACACAAAACUUUCCCCAACAACCUCAACCUACGAAAGCCCCAGGCUCAACCUAUACGGGCGGUUUCGGUUUCACCAACAACAGCCCUCAACCACAACGACCGACCAAUCAAAACUUCCCCCAGCAGCAACCUCAACCGACUAAACCUCCCGGAGGAACCUACACCGGUGGAUUUGGUUUUGUCAGCAACAACAAUCAACAGCCUCCGCAGCAACCGCAACAACCGCAGCAACCACGUCCGACCACCCAGCGACCGGGUCAAUACGUCGGAAAUAAAUUCAGUGGCAGCUUUGGUGGAGCACCGGGCUUGCUGGGCAACCAGAAACAACCGGGAACGCACGUAAAACCUGACGGAGGCAUUCUACCGCCAUCGUCACCGGGAGUGGUCGCCGCGGGUUUUCCAACCGGUCCCACGCCAGCAACGACGGGAAGCUCGAAACCCACCCACAGCUCGAGUACUGUCGGAGGAGGAGCCUUUGCCGGAAGUUUCGGCGGACCGCCGGGAAUUCUGCGUCCGUUUGAUAAUGUUAAUGGUUAGAGGUGGUACGCCCGGGUGGUGGAUCUAGUGGAAUGGUACGUUCGUUCCCGUGUUUUGGGAGUGCCAGUUACCGUGAGAAAUACUUUCGACCACACACACACACACACGAUUACGAUUAGUUUCGAAUACCUUAGAGGUAAGAUUUGGGUGAUAUUCUCGAAGUAAACGUCGAUACCGAGCUGCAUUUUUACUGAUAU